AUGUUUGAAGCACGACCAAAUGAUACAAGCUUGAUGAAAAAGAUAAUUGCGUCCGUUAAAGAGUUAGUGUCCGAAGUUAACCUCGAUUUCACCGAAUCCGGGAUUUCGCUUCAAGCGUUAGAUUCAGCACAUGUCGCGUUGGUAUCGAUGCUGUUGUUCAAAGAAGGAUUUGAACCGUAUCGAUGUGAUCGAGGACUCACGUUGGGUGUAAAUUUAAGCUCUUUGAAUCGAAUCUUGUCAUGCGCUGAGAGUGAUGAUAUAAUCACUUUUACGUGUGAUGAUACUGCAGAUUUUAUGAAUUUGAAAUUUGAGAGUAAAGAUGGUAAUAAAGUAUCGGAGUACCAAUUAAGACUAAUGGAUAUUGAUCAAGAACAUCUUGCUAUCCCCGAACAACAAUACCCAUGUGUUGUUAGUUUGCCAUCGAAUGAAUUUAGCAAAAUUUGCCGCGAUAAUUCAAACUUUGUUCAAAUAAUUGUCACAAAAGGAGGAAUCAAAUUUUCCACUACUGGGGAGACUACCAAAGGAAAUGUCACACUAAAGUCAACGGACAGCGAAAUCAUCUCGUUAAACGUCAAGAAACCAGUUGAAAACGAAUUUUCGCUGAAACAUCUAUUACAAUUCGCAAAAAGCCAAGCAUUAAGUGAUCAUGUCACCCUACAUCUCGCGAUAGACCUUCCAAUAAUGGUAGAGUAUAAUUUCGAGGCGGCAGGAUAUGUCAAAUAUUUCCUUGCGCCUAAAUUGAGCGACGUUGGGAAUGGUGAGGAACAUGAGGAGGAUGAAGAUUAA